AAAAAGAAAAAGAAGGUUGGUGCGUUGUCUUUCUGUCUUAUUGUUUGAUUGCUAAGAAAAUUAUCAAUCAGAAAGAGAAAGAAAACGAAGAGGAAAUUUGGAGUUUUGACGAAGGUUGGAGUUUUUUUUAAUGGGUAGUUUGACUUGAUUCCAUACAGUUUGGUACAUCGCUAAAGAACAACUGUUGUUUUGAAGAAGCUAAUACCGUUGAACCGUCGCUUGCUGUUUUUCGAUUGGGAUCCAAUCAACAGUUCCAUCGGGGGAAGCUUGCUUCUCCUUAUCUGCGCUUCUUCAAGCGCGCUUCAUGACCAUGGUCUCUUGCCCCCAAUUCUCUCUCGGAUCUUGCUCGCAGAUCCAUAACAACACCCAACAACUCUCAAGCUUCCGUUUUGAUUCUCGAUGGACCCAACUUCUCGCCCUGCCGUCGUCAUAGACAACGGUACCGGAUAUACCAAGAUGGGGUUUGCGGGUAAUGUAGAGCCGUGUUUUAUUCAGCCAACAGUAGUAGCACUUAACGAGUCGUUUCUCAAUCAAUCCAGAACUUCUUAGUCAAAUUGGUCAAGUCAGUAUUCAGCUGGGGUGAUGGCAGAUCUUGAUUUCUUCAUUGGAGAUGAAGCACUGACGAAAUCAAGAUCGAGUAACACUUACAACCUUACGUAUCCUAUUAAGCAUGGUCAAGUAUAUAACUGGGAUGCCAUGGAACGGUAUUGGCAGCAAUGUAUAUUCAAUUAUUUACGGUGUGAUCCCGAGGAUCAUUACUUUUUGUUGACUGAGAGUCCUCUUACUGCUCCUGAGAAUCGAGAAUAUACAGGUGAAAUUAUGUUUGAGACGUUUAAUGUUCCAGGGCUUUAUAUUGCUGUGAAUUCUGUGCUUGCUUUAGCAGCUGGGUACACUACCUCUAAGUGUGAGAUGACAGGAGUGGUAGUGGAUGUUGGAGAUGGGGCUACUCAUAUUGUACCUGUUGCUGAUGGUUAUGUUAUUGGGAGCAGCAUUAAGUCAAUUCCAAUAGCUGGAACAGAUGUUACACUCUUCAUACAACAGCUUAUGCGGGAAAGAGGAGAGAAAAUUCCACCGGAAGAUUCAUUUGAAGCAGCUCGAAAAGUGAAGGAAAUGUACUGCUAUACGUGUUCUGAUAUAGUCAAGGAGUUCAACAAGCAUGACAAAGAACCUGGAAAGUAUAUCAAACAUUGGAGGGGCAUUAGACCAAAGACUGGGGCACCAUACUCCUGUGACAUUGGUUAUGAACGAUUUUUAGGCCCUGAGGUUUUCUUCAGUCCUGAGAUCUAUAGCAGUGAUUUUACUACUCCCUUACCAGUUGUAAUAGAUAAGUGCAUUCAGUCGGCACCAAUUGACACCAGAAGAGCUUUGUAUAAGAACAUAGUAUUAUCUGGUGGAUCAACCAUGUUCAAAGACUUCCACAGAAGGUUGCAGCGAGAUCUGAAAAAGAUUGUAGAUGCCCGAGUUCUUGUGUCUGAUACUCGAGCUGGUGGGGAAAUAAAAUCACAACCCGUGGAAGUUAAUGUAGUCAGUCAUCCUAUCCAAAGAUUUGCGGUAUGGUUUGGAGGUUCUGUACUUGCAUCAACACCUGAAUUUUUUGCGGCAUGUCAUACAAAAGCUGAAUAUGAGGAAUAUGGAGCCAGCAUUUGCCGAACGAAUCCUGUUUUUAAGGGCAUGUAUUGAGGAAAAUGUCCACUUUUCAGCUGAUUAUGAUAAUGUUCUGGAGUGUGUGACUCGCUAUUUCCACUUUCACCUUGCCCAUCAAGUUAAGUCCAUUCCGUCUCUGAUCGGUGCUUUGUAUUUUUGGUAAGAGAUGGUAUAAAACAUGGCAACCAGCCUUCAAUCGCAGCGGUUCAUAAAGGGAAGUUUCAUUCAUUCUUCGAUCCAGAGUUAAAAAGGGUCAUCACAGCAGCCAAGGAAUGCAGUUAAACUUGUUUCCAUCAUGCCCUGUCAACUCUCAUGCAUCAAAUAGUUGGGGUAAAAAAAUUCUUAAGACCUGAAUUUCUUUUAUAGUGUUUUAAGUUACUCAAGUGAUAGGGAUUUUUACUAAGUUGAGGUACAUUCUCUGUUAUAAAGCAUUUAAGAAUCUGUUUUCUGUCAGUCUUGUAAUUGAUAUUAGUCCUUUUGUCUUAGUCCCAAUUUUUGAACAUUUGAUUUUACA